AUUUAUCAGCUUCCUCUCUGCGCAGUGUCGCACAUUCACAUCAUUUUUCACAAUGGCGGUAUAAGCUACUCAUCUAAUUGAAGAAUUUUUCUGCACCAUCCUCUGCGAAAAUAAAUAGCAGACUGAAUGGACAAUAAGGUGGUAUCGGAAGUCGAAGACAAUUCGAUGAUUGAGUCGUCGGAUAUUCCCGAAUUAUUUGGGGCGUCACCACGUCUCAGUCCGUUGACUUCUUCCCUAGAUCAAAAUUUAACUCUACAAGAAGAUAAUCUUCUUUCUGUGGACAACAUUAUGGGAAUUGAAAAUACAUGGGCAGAAAGUAAUACUCCAGCUUCAGACUUUCCAAUUCCACUUCCAGCACCCGAUGAUUUAGAAGGAUAUGCAGAUCCAGAUUCGGAUCCAAUUGAUACAAACGGUGGUAUUGAAUAUGGUCCAUUUCUUCCCUCCAAUCCUCGUGCACUUAAUAAUCUCUUCACAGACACGGGGGAAACGCAAGAAAGUUCAGAGAGUGAGACAACCCUUGCUGGUGUUUGUGGCCUUCGUAAUCUUGGUAACACUUGCUUUAUGGCCGCUGGUUUGCAAUGUCUCACUGCCACACCACCUGUGUUACGACAUUUUAUAGAUUUACAACAGCAAGGGGAAAAACUACCACCAUCUGGUUCUUUAAUGGCGCAUUUUAGUUCUCUUCUUAGUCAAAUGUGGUCCGGUAGACAUAGUGUCAUAAGACCUACGGAAUUUAAACAAUCCCUAGGCGCUUAUCAUUCACAAUUCAAGGACUAUAGACAACAUGAUUGUCAAGAAUUUCUUGCAUUGCUCUUGGAUUCAUUACACGAGCAAAUGAAUGUUGCAAAACCUGCCAAAAAUUGUCAAUCAUCAAUGACAAUUAAUACUGCCAAUUCAAUUAUUACUACUACACAAAAUGGUAAAAAAGAUUCUCGUUUUACUGCCACUAAUAAUUCUGAUGAAGAAUUUAUGGACUGUUAUGAUAAUUCACCAUCUCCAGAAUGUCCAAAUAGUCCAAAUGUCACAAUGGCUGGAUCUCCAAGAGAUUUAAGCUCACCUGUAAUUGAUUUAGACAGUACGGCAAAUACACCACAUGGUUCACCUUUAAAUGAAGAUGAAUUAGAACUUCUUUCUGAAUUGACAGACACAAAACCAAGUUUCAUUCACAAUAAAACACAAACUGAUGAUAAUGAAUUAGUAUUGAUUAAUUUUAAUUCACAUUAUUCAAAAUUAGAUAAAUUAAAUGAUUUACAUGGAAUGAAUAAUUAUCCUGGUCUUUGUGAUAUUUUAAAAGAAGCAAAAACAAGUAAUGCUAAUUUUCUUGUAACACAACACGAAUGCAAUAAUGAAAUUCAUUAUGAUUCACAAAAAUUUCCAAAAGAAAAUAUAAGAAGAACAACAUUGGACAAUUCAAAUUUAACUGAAAAUCAUGAUUUUGAUAAUAAAAGCGUUAGUGUUAAACGAAUAAAUGAAAUGAAUGUGCAAAAAAAAAAUUGUAACAGUAUUGAAUGUAUGGGUAUAUCAAGUGGAUCAGAAACAGAAUGUGAUAGUGGAUUGGAAAAAUGUAAUGUAAAAAGAAUGAGACUUGAGGAUCAGGAGAAAAAUCAUCGUCACGAUGGAUUAGGGCCUAGUGGAAUGCAAUCAUCGAAAAAUUUACAAUAUUAUGAAAAUGGUGCCGUUGCAUCGCAAGAUGAAAUUGAAGCUGAUAAACAUUGGGCGAAACAUUUAAAGACAAAUAGAAGUAUUAUUGUCGACACAUUUCAAGGACAAUUUAAAAGUACUGUUGUUUGCGCAGUUUGUAAACAUGUGUCAGUGACGUAUGAGCCCUUUAUGUAUUUGUCGGUGCCAUUACCUCACGCUAUGGAAAGACAAUUAAGUGUUACUUAUGUUCCUGCAAAUAAUGAAGCUCCUGUUCGAUGUGUUGUUUCUUUAAAUAAACAAUCAAGAAUAGGUAAAUUAAAGGAAGAAUUACUUAAACUUCUUGGCAAGGAACAUGUGUCGAUGUCUAAUAUUGCACUCGCUGAAGUUCUUGAAAAUCAUAUUGCCAGGAUAUUGGAAGACAAUACAAUGCUGAAAUACGUGAACGCUAUGAAUCGAUCAAUAUACGCUUUUGAGUUGACUGAUCCACCAGAUGGACAUUCAACUUCAACAACAACAGUUCCUGAUGGAGGUGGUGAUAGAAUUGUUGAUUCUGAAUCCUUGCAAAAUGGCACAACAAGUAGCGAUGAAAUUGGAACGUGUUUAAUAUGCCUCGAAGAAUGCGAUGGAGAAUUAAAAAAACACAGUGAAAAUAAUUGUAAUUUCAUCAUGUGCGAUCCCUGCGUUGAGAACUACUUCAAGAGUCAAGCAACGAACAAUUGUCCAGUUUGUUCAACGAGUGUAACGGCCGCAUCAUUUACAAAAAUCGAUCAGACCGGUAGACCAAGGCCUGCAAUUCGAAUAUUAAACGUUCCACUUGUAUUGCGAUACGAUACAAAUGAAGCAACCAACAAUCGAAGGGAUAUGAAGCUUUUUAGUUAUCCACAUUUAAUUCGACUACCAUCAAGAGUAAAUGCUGCCGAUUUAUAUGAGGUUGUCAGACGAGUUGUACCGCAAGAAGGAAAAUACACUGUACAUUUUGUAGAUGGACAGGGUCAUCAUUGCUCAAGGUGUAUUUAUACAAAACAUUGCACUGGUUGCGGAGUACCUGAAUCGAGUACAGUUAGUUUACAAAAUGGCGACACAUUAGCAGUAAGAUAUACAGAAAACAUUCCAAAAUUCGCAUCGCCGAUCGAUCAUAUCAGUGUCACAAAACAACGACCUCCUCAUCCUCUUUCUCUUUAUGAUUGUUUGCAAGCAUUUAGCCAAAGUGAAACUUUGGACGAACAUAAUCCAUGGUUUUGUCCAAAAUGUGAAGUCAAUCAGUGUGCUACAAAAACUCUCACCGUCCAUCGUUAUCCUAAGUUUCUUAUUGUAUAUUUAAAAAGAUUCGUAUUUCACGAAUGUAUUAGUAUGAAAUUAGACGACAAGGUGACGUUCCCUCUUGUUGGACUUAGUGUAGGAAAACAUCUUUAUGAUCUAUAUGCCUGUGUUUGUCAUUUUGGAGGAGUAUCGGCCGGUCACUAUACGGCAUAUUCAAGAAAUCCUCGUACAGAUGUAUGGCAUUACUAUAAUGACGAAGAGACAAGCAAGAAAAAACCUCACGAUGAAGAUUUUAGUAAUGCUUACAUCUUGUUUUAUAAUCGGCAGCUGGGGACCAAUUUGAAGCCGUGUAACAUAUAAAAGAGAAAAUUAGUUCCAAUGAAGAAACAAAAAAUCGAAACGAAAUAUUAAUCUGGCUGUAAAGAGAGUAAAAGCGCAUCAUGACGAUGUCUGCGAAUAUUCAAACAAUAAUGAAAAUAUUUCAGAAUUGCUUUUGGAGGGCAGAAGGUGAUUUUCUUUUUUUUUUUUUUUUUUUUUUUUUUUUAAAGAGUCUCAGUUUCAAAUAUUUUGGCUGUGCGUUGAUGUGUAUAGAGACCCGAUCAGCGUUGUAGAAUACAUUUUUAUUCUUUUAUUUUA